CCCGGUGGGGUGAGGAGGAGCGGCCGGUCCCGCCUCCUUCCCCUGCCGUGCGGUGCCGGCGAGGCCUGCCCUGGGCCUGGUUCGCCGGCUGGCGGGCCCCGGGACCGCGCGGAGCGAUGGCGCAGCGGAAGGCGGCGGAGCACGGGCAGUGCCGGACGGCGGAGGAGAGCGCCAGGCACCAGCGGCAGCUUCUAGCAGGGAAAGCUCAGGCAGAAGGUGGAUCAGCUCGGACAUCACUUCUUAUUUUAGUGUCUAUCUUCUCAUCAGCUGCUUUCCUUAUGUUCCUGGUAUAUAAAAAUUUCCCACAACUUAGUGAAGAAGAAAGAGAAUGUAUAAAGGUUCCUAGAGAUAUGGAUGAUGCAAAGGCCUUGGGAAAAGUCCUGUCCAAAUAUAAGGACACAUUUUAUGUUCAAGUAUUAGUGGCUUAUUUUGCAACAUAUGUUUUCUUGCAAACAUUUGCUAUUCCUGGGUCUAUAUUUCUCAGUAUCCUGUCAGGUUUUCUUUACCCCUUUCCCCUGGCCUUAUUUCUUGUUUGUCUGUGCUCAGGACUUGGAGCUUCAUUCUGCUAUAUGCUUUCAUACCUAGUGGGACGUCCUGUUGUAUACAGAUACUUAACAGAAAAAGCAGUAAAAUGGUCAGAACAGGUUGAACGACACAGAGAACACCUUAUUAACUACAUAAUAUUUUUGAGAAUAACACCUUUUCUUCCCAACUGGUUUAUCAAUAUAACAUCUCCCGUAAUUAAUGUGCCACUGAAAGUAUUUUUCAUCGGCACUUUUCUAGGUGUGGCGCCACCGUCUUUUGUAGCCAUUAAGGCAGGAACAACGCUGUACCAACUUACAACAGCAGGGGAAGCUGUUUCCUGGAACUCUGUUUUUGUUCUCAUGGUUCUAGCCAUCCUCUCCAUCCUACCAGCUGUCUUCCAGAAGAAACUGAAACAGAAGUUUGAAUAAGGAUCAGACUGGACCAAAUUUUCCCAUACUUCAUCUCAGGAUCAGCACUUCUGAUAUUUGUAUAUUUGCUUUUCUAUUGGAUCUUAAGCAAUUGAAGAGGGGGCUUGUAAUUGAUAAGAAUGUCUUUAAAUGAACACGUGGCCUAAAAUUGAAGGAACUGUGUUCAGAAAUGUACUGCAUAUAGUUUUGUAACCAAACCAUCAGUGUUUUACUCUGGGAGUGAGUGUGUGGCCCUCAGGAUGAGGGAAAUGGAAACAGUUGUAACAUUUUUUUCUCUGAUUAUAUACAGAGCAAAAAUUGCAACGUGGGCCUAAACUACAGAUACUGCUUUCUAAAAGUUGCAGGAAAAAAAGCCCUUAAUCAUUCAGUCCGAUUUUGUAACAUUCUCUGUAGGCUUGUAUGUGAUCUGGUUUAAGUACAUUUCUCAUCAACAAUAUUUCUCUUCUUUUUUGCCUUUGGGAGUUCCAAAAUAAUAGCAUAAUUAAUAACGGUGCUCACUCAGAAACAAAGGUUUUUUGCAGUACUUUAACUACAAUUAUAGUCUCAUUCUGAUUGUUUACUUCUAUUUAUUAGUGCUGUGUGAAUUUAAAUACUUGAACUUAUAUCUGCUUUACUAACUGGAUUAACAAAGGCAAAGUGUCACAUCAUUCCCUAUAAAUCCUCUGUAAAGUUUUAUCCCGGGAGAGGAUAUAGGAAGGUAGAGAGCAAAUUAGAAUUUUUAUCAUGGCUGGCUAAUAAUUUUGAAGUUCUAAUUUUAAUUUUUAAAUGUUGAUUACUUUGCUAAUAUUUCAGUUUCAUAGAUUUAUCCUGCCAAUUUAAGGAAAUGAUUGUAUGAUUGUCUAAAAUUUUCAAUUCUCAAGUGACUUAAAAUGUUUAAUUUUAAGCAGUGUAAUAUUACCUAUUCUCAAGCAAUAUGUAAAGAGUAUAAAAUCUUCCAUUGCAACUCAAUUAGCUAGGAGAAAUGUCAGGUACCAAGCUGGUGCAGUUCUUACUAAAGAGCUGAUUCCAAAUAAUGUUCAAAGCAUCAUGUAACAGAAGGCUCUGGUGUCAGUGUAUAUAAAAUUGAAGACUAUUCCAUGAUCUGGAAAGUCAGUAACUGGCGAUGGGCAACCAGCUAUGAGCCAUCUUUAAGCAGAAGUAUAUAUGUUCACUCGAAGGUAUAUGAUACCUCCCCUUGUAUGCUUUUAACUGUUGUAGUUGGUUGUAUUGUUAGUGGAAUCCCAUAAAAUGAGGCUCUGAUCAGCAAGAAACCAGGGUGCAUGUUUUAAGUUUUAUCCUACUGAAACCAGUGCUGCUUAUGUGCUUUAAUUUGAUGCCCCUGAAGUAUCUUGCUGAAACAGGAGUUGGCUCAUUAGCAUAUUCUCCAAUUCAAGGGUUUGUCUGCAUCCUCAUGUUAACUCAUCAUACAAAGGAUCAUUUGAGAUGUAAGACAACAGUUCCAUAAAUGUGAUAAUGUAAAAGGUACCUUUAAAGAGUUUUGUUCAUUUUGUAACAUAAUGUUAAUUGACUGCUUCAUUUCAUUACAGUAUUACAUGUAAAUAUAUAGUAAAUAUUGAUACAAUAUUUGCCUUUUAUUUAAAUCUGGCUGCACAGUAAAUGGUAUUUUUACAUAGGUAGAUAAAGGAAUUCAUAUCACAUCUGUUUGCAAGUUUAUUGUAAGAUCAUCUAGCUUCAGCAAUUGUUUUGUUGUUUAGAAUUUAAAAGUGUAGUUUAUUGACAUUUAAAACUGAACAGUGAUUACUUUUAUUGCUGCAAUUCUAAUCUCAGAGGUCAUCUACCCAGGGGAUUUAUUCCAUAGCAAACCUGAGUGUGAAUCUAGCUGUUGUGAGCAGGUGUCCCCUAGACUGUUGAGUGUGAAGUUGCUGUAGAUUUACAGCCUCUUUUUCUCCAUAGUUAGUUUUUCAUGCAGAUGAACUCUCAGAAUAAAUUACUUACUACUUACUGUCCAGUGGCUUCUCUCAAAAUUUUUCACAAUUUUUGGUCAAUAACAAAUGUUGUUGUAAAAUCCUUUCUGUUCUGUGUAAAGCUAAGGUUUGUUGGAGUCUUGACACUAAAGAAAGAACUGAACUGUGUUUCAAUUCAAUAUGAAUCAUAAUACCACUUGAUGUUUUCACUGAGUUGUUUUUCACUGUGUAGAUGGGAUCUGGGCAUGUUAUUGUUGCAUUUCAGCCAUAGUCUGGAUUCCCAUUACAGUGGCUAAAGCCUUAAGACCUUAAAAAGGUUGAAAAUAAGGUUCUUUCCCUCUGCAAAACUUCAUCAUUUUUUUAACUUGUCCCUUCUGUUUAUUUUCAGCUGCCAGGGGCCUCAGGCAGUUUCCCACCCUAUGAGGAUUACUUCUGAGGGAUGUGAAGAGUAAGGAGAGCCUUGUGAAAAAGGCAAAAGAGCACUGUGCUAUGGAAUACUGUACUAGUCUACUCUUUCCUUUAUGGUAUCCAGCAAGUGAUCCAAGAGAGAGCCAUAACAUUUUAAUAGGAAAACAGUGGCUACCAUGAAGCAAACUGGGAAAAUGGGAAGAUGUAGCUUUGUUUUUUAAUUGCAAGGAAUUUUGAGCUGUUAGGUGACCUAUUUAUCUUUUAAAAUUUUUGAUACCUGCAUGACAUCACUACUAAAUGUCUCUUGCCAUUUGAUAAUAAAGCUAUUAUUUAAAACAUUAAA